UAUGCUGCUCAGCUCUUGACACAGUGUGGCUGUGCUGGAUGAAGUGUCCUUUUGCCCCCUUAUUUGGGCAAAUAUCAACAGUCACUUCUGUGAAAAACUGCCAUCUUAGGACUGUGCUGAAAUCGGCUGCACUGCUGGCACCAGUUGGCCAACUUGACUCUGGUUAUCCGGGUUGACUUGUGGGCCAGGUGUCCUGUGUUGUGGAAAAAUUACCAAGUGUCUGGAAUGAGUAAAAGUAUAACAAAAUGUAUUAAAGGGAAAUGAACACAGACAAAUUACUUGCAAGUAAUGACAGUGGUCAUCCUGACUCACGUGAAGUCAGGAAAGACUCUGGGGAGGCAAAAGGAAAAACAAUAAAGUUAUACAUUUCUGUUGAAAGAAUCCUCCUUCCUGAAGACCUUGGGUGGACACAACUCCCAGGACUGGCGUCAAAGCAAGUUCACAUAGUUGUGUCUCCACAAGAACCAGUCUAAGGGUCUGAGGAAAGACCAGAUUAAGGUCAUUUUACCCUCAUAGUGAACUUUUAACAGAGCACAUGUAUUUGAAAAGAAUAAACCUUAAAAGUGAAUAAAGGCAUGAUGAGUACAAAUGUACAAUGUAAGAAGUGUAAUAAAAAGUGUAAUAUACUAACAAUCAAUGAAUAAAUGUAUAAUGAAAGAAAUAAUGGGAUAAAUGAACCCUUAAUGAAGUGAAUAUAUGAAGCAAUAAGGCAAAAUAAGUAAAGUUUCUUCCAUACCUGGUCUCACUAGGUGAAGCAGCAGGUGGUCCAGCCUCACCAGCCAGACCCCUGGGUCUCUCCAGACACACCCCAGCCUCCUUGUGGGUCUUGGGUGAAUGUUGGAAAUGACCGCACUGGAAGCUGUUUAUUAAUCUGGCUGGUUGCAUUAGAUGUAUUAAAUCUUUUACUAACUCUUGGUAAUAUUUUUUUUCAUAGUUAAAGGUGUAACUAAAUAUAUAUUUUUAAUCUGUUCAGUCUUUUCCAACAUGACUUCUCAUCAGGACAACCUUUUCACAGCCACAUUAGGACUUCUGGAAAAGAGAUGCAGUCUGAAACAACAUAUAUUCAGUUGAUCAUAAAUAUGGACUUAAUGGGUUAUGGCUGAACAGUUCCUUGGAUGAUUGUGGGUUUUUAUGCAUUUCUUAUAGCUCAAUAAUUACUGGUAUAAAGCAUCAGUAGUGAUAACCAGUGCAGGUGUAAACUAAAAAGCUGCUAAAAUGCAUUUAUAAUUGAACAAUUGUUUGUUUUUACAAAUUGGUGAAUUGUACCUUAAUCUACUUGACUGUAAAUGAGCAAAGAAGAAAUUUCAUACUUGUUUUCUGAAGGUCAGGUGCUCUUUUUUUUUAACUGGAAAAAAUACAGUUAAAUAGCAAAAGCAUGUUUUGUUUUGUGUUUUGUCCAAACAAAUGUCUAAAAUCUCUUAGUAAUAAACUUUAAUAAACAUCAGGACUGCUCUGAGCUGUUGUCUCGUAAUCUCUCGCGAUGACUGACUCCUGUUUCUCAAGGUCUUGCUGAGAUAAUCUACAAAGAAGCAGCUGUCUGUGCUCAGCUGGUGGCGGAAGUGGACUGCAUUUAGCAGAAACAAGGUUGUGGGAAACUGAAUUCAGAUCAGAACAUCAUGUCAGCCAUAGGUGGAAAGGUCCAAACUGUCCUUGGUCUGGUGGAUCCAGAACAGCUGGGCCGAACCAUGACCCACGAGCACCUUAGCUGCAAGUGUUGCGAAGGCUGCUACUUCCCUCCUCCACCUGGUGAUGAAGCGGUAGCAGAGAACCCCUUCCAGAUGCAGCACAUGUACUGGCUCAGUCAAAACCCCUACAGCUGCCAUGAGAACCUGCUUCUGCAGCAGGAGACCAGCGCAGUGCGGGACGAGCUGCUGGCCUACAGGAAGGCUGGAGGGGGCGCGAUAGUGGAGAACACAACAACGGGCAUCAAUCGAGACCUGCCCACCCUCCAGCAGCUGGCUAAGGACACAGGGGUCCACAUUGUUGCAGGAGCAGGGUACUAUGUGGACAGCACCCACACUGAGGCCACCAAGAAAAUGAGUGUGGAGAAGCUCACAGACAUCAUUGUCAGUGAGGUGCUCCACGGUGCCGAUGGCACAGAUAUCCGCUGCGGUGUGAUUGGUGAGAUCGGCACCGGCUGGCCAAUCACGGAGAGGGAGACCAAGGUGCUGAGGGCCACAGCACAUGCUCAGGCUCAGCUGGGCUGCCCAGUUAUCAUCCAUCCUGGCAGGAAUCCUGCCGCUCCAGCUGAAGUCAUUCGGAUUCUCCAGGAAGCCGGUGGGGACAUCAGCAAAACUGUCAUGUCACACCUGGACAGGACUAUAUUUGAUUAUGAUGAGCUGCUUGAGUUUGCAAAGUUGGGAAGCUACCUGGAGUAUGACCUGUUUGGAACCGAGAUGAUAAACUACCCAUUUGACCUGGACGUGGACAUGCCCAGUGACAACCAGAGAGUGAAGGGCUUAUCGUUUCUGGUGAAAGAGGGCUAUGAAGACAAGCUAGUGGUUGGACAUGACAUCCACACCAAGAACCGCCUGACCAAGUUUGGUGGCCACGGCUACUCGCACAUCCUGAAGAACAUUGUGCCGAAGAUGCUGAGUAGAGGCAUCUCGCAGCACCAGGUGGACAAGAUCCUUAUCGACAAUCCUAAAUGCUGGCUGACCUUCAAAUAAAUAAAAAAAGACACACAAGGAGGGCGAUAUGAAGAAGAUGCUAUUUUUUAUCCUAAUAUAACUGAUCAACAUCCCACAAUGAACUAUUGAAAUCUUAACAAGAAUCACAAGUUUGACUUGUUUAACAAUGUUAUUUGGGACCUUUAGACAAUUAAGCUCACAGAGUGAAAAUGUAUGCAAUAUAAUUAUUUCAAAUGUUUUAUAACAAAGCAAAAUGUUUUAUGACUAAAUUUCAUCCAACUAAAGACGUUUUUAUAAAGGCCUUUAUUAACUUUGUAUUGGUUAAUAAAUUCUCUUUGUUAAGUGCAA